CCCUCACGAUUAACGACCCUUCGCUCUUUCACGUCUUGUUGCCACGACUUUCUUCCUACUUGGCAUAGUCGUCAUGAGAUUCGAUCCGUUUCAAGUUUCCAUCCCUCACAUCAUCUAUGCUGCCGUCGGAGGAUUUGUGGUGUUUUUCGGGAUGUUCUCUCUAUUCAUCCGAGAGAAACUGUACAUCGGAGAAGCAUGCUGGGCAUUCUUAUUCGGAGUGGUGAUAGGGCCCUAUGGCGCCAAUAUAUUCGACCCUAGAAGCUGGGGAAAUAGCGACCGCUCAACGACAAAUACGAUUACGCUUGAGUUCACGCGUGUCGUGCUGGCCAUAGGUGUCUUUGCCAUAGGGGUUGAGUUACCGAAGGCUUACAUGCGUCGUCAUUGGAAGAGUCUCUUCUUCCUCCUGGCUCCUAUCAUGACUUGGGGGUGGUUCGUAUCAGCAGGUCUUAUAUAUGCCCUGAUCCCGGGGCUCAAUUUCCUGUCGUCGCUAGCGGUUGCCGCAUGUCUCACCCCCACUGAUCCUAUUCUGGCGGCGGCCGUAGUCGGUGGAAAGUACGCCGACAAACACGUUCCCGCGCACCUCCGGCAUUUACUCGCUGCGGAAAGUGGAUGCAAUGACGGUGCUGCCUACCCGUUCUUGUGGCUUGCGUUAUACCUCAUCCUCGACAAGUCAACUGGUCAUGCAGUGUCCGACUGGUUCCUCCUUCUAUGGCUUUACCAGAUCAUCCUCGCCGUUGUGUUCGGUACGGUGUUGGGAGUGGCCUUCCGAUACCUGAUGAAAUUCUGCGAGCGAAAAGACCUCAUUGACAGGCAGUCAUACGUCGCACAGUAUGUCGCGCUGGCCUUACUCACCAUCGGCAGCUGCACCCUUUUGGGUACCGACGAUCUGCUCGCCGCUUUCUCAUGUGGAGCCGCCUUCGCGUGGGAUGGUUUCUUCAAUAAGCAGACGGAAGAGUCUGUCUUCUCGUCAGUUAUCGAUCUUCUCUUCAACAUUUCUGCAUUUGUUUUCGUCGGGGCAUGGACACCGUUCCACACAUUCUCCGACAUCAAUCUGUCCCUCAGUGUCUGGAGGCUGGUCGUCAUUGGCAUCUUGGUUAUCCUCUUACGACGGCUGCCUAUCAUGAUCAUCUUGUACAAAUGGAUCCCGGACGUCAAGACUUUCCGUGAGGCCAUUUUCAGUGGCCAUUUUGGCCCAAUUGGGAUCGGUGCUAUCUACAUCUCGACUUUCGCUGCCGAACAACUCCCGGAGCCUAGUUACCCUCCACAAAGUCAAGAAGAGCUUCUCGCUUCAACGAUUCAGCCAAUCGUGGCCUUCAUGGUGCUCUGCUCCAUCCUCGUGCACGGCUUGUCGAUCCCGUUCUUCUCCCUUGGUCGCCGAGUACACUCCGUCUCAAGAACAUGGUCGAGACACGACACUUUCGGACGUUCACAUGCACUCCCCGAAUGGGCGAACAUGACCAGGCAUGUCGUCCGCGGACACGACAUUGUCAUUAACCGGGAUAGCGACAUGGAGCGUGGGGAUGCCACGGUGCACGGAGAUGAAACGCCUCCUACCGAGAAGGUCCCAGGGUCCGACAGUAGUCCGACGCAGACGACCAGAGAAGAACUAGCGUCUCAGCGAGAAGAAGGCGACUUCAGAGAAGAGAAUCCGCCUGACGGACAAGAAGUUAUUGCUGAAUGGAAGGAAGGGCCACACAACAUUGUGGAGAAGCGGGCGGGCCCUGGCGACGAGGUUGAAGUUGAAGUGCAGCGGAAUGUUUACGGCCCGGGCGAGACGACUAUGCAUUCUGUCAGAGUUGCACAAGACAAAGCUCACCACGCUGUGGAGGAUAUUCAAGUGAAGCUUUCGCAGACGUUUAACUCGGACAAUGCACACGCCAACUUUGACGACACUCUGGAAAGUGUACGUCAACACCUACAUGACGACGUGGAGCACGCGGAAGAGGCUAUCCACAAUGCGGGAGACAGGGUGAAGCAUGCAUUCGGUGCUUCGGGUGACGGGCCUACUGCCGAGGAUGAGGAUGAGGGAUGGCAGUCGGACGGCGAAGGCGAGACUUCCACGCAAGGGGUUGAAGAAACUAGAAGAUCUCGCUCUCCGAAGACGAAGACCCCUAAACAAGCUAUCUUGCGACAACCUCCCAGCCAGGCUCGGCGACGCUCGAUCCGUCGGGGAAUGUUCGGUACGCGCGUGCUGGGCCGCCACUACGCUGACGAUGCCGCACCGGUCCGAGAAGGAGGUGGAGUACUGAGCCCUGCGGACGAGACUGACGAAGAGGAUCGAGGCCGCCGUUCGUCUGUCCCGCGUCAUCGAGGUCCAAAAUCCCUUAUAGGGCCCGGUAUCGGCCCUCGCCAUGCGCGCAUCGACUCACUACGUUCGAUCGAGUCGCGCACACGGUUGUCGCGCGACGCGUCGCCUGCACGGUCGAUCCGGUGGGCAGACGAAGACGGCGCGGCGACGCCAGGGAGCCGGGUUAGCGGGACGAACACGCCGUUGUCGCCGUUGUCGCCACUGCCCAUCACCGAUCCGGACAGUACCGAGAACGGUGACCCGGGUUCUGCGCUCAGUCCGACAUACACCGUCCGGUUCAGCGUGCCGCCUGCGCCUGAGAGCAAGUCUUCGUGAGUAGCGAAGGCGAAAAUGUGCUUCAGGCGGCCUGCAUGUCUGAGGUGGCUGAUGGGAG